AUGUCUAGAGUAUCAAGAGCUCAGUGUGCAAAUUGUACAUGUUCACCAGGUUUAUUAUCAAGAACUAAUAGAAAAUCAUCAUUAUUCGCUAAAAGAAUCAAUCUUAAUAGAAUUAACAGUGGUUCAAAAGAUGGUUUAAAUGCUUCUAGAAAAAACUCCAUUUUUACAUUGGAUGCAUCAUCAUUAUGUUUACCUGAAGCAAAAGAAGUUAAUACUUCAAAAAGAUUGGAAAGAUUAAGACAAGAAAUGGCUAAGAACGAUUUAGGAAUUUAUAUUGUACCAAGCGAAGACCAACAUCAAAGUGAAUAUGUUAGUGCUUUUGAUCAAAAAAGAAGUUUUAUUAGUGGAUUUAGUGGUAGUGCAGGAGUUGCUAUAGUAACAAGAGAUUUAAAUAAUAUUAAUGGAGAUGAUUUUACUCAAGGUACGGCUGCUUUAUCUACUGAUGGUAGAUAUUUCACUCAAGCAUUGGAUGAAUUAGAUUUUAAUUGGAUUUUAUUGAAACAAGGAGCAAAAGAUGAACCAAGUUGGGAAGAAUGGACUAUACAACAAGCAUCACAAUUAAGUUUGGAUAGUGGUAAAAAAGUAAGAAUUGGAAUUGAUCCAAAAUUGAUCACAUAUAAACAAUAUUUAAAAUUUAAUUCAUUAAUUGAAAAACAAUCAGUCAAAUCUCCAAAAGCUUCUAUUGAAUUUGUUCCUGUAGUUGAUAAUCUAGUGAAUAAAAUUUGGGAAGAAUUCGAGUCAUUACCUGCUUCAACGUUGGGAGAAAUUAAACAAUUGGAUAUAAGUUUUACUGGAAAAGAUUCUAAAACCAAAAUACAAGAGGUUAGAGAUAAAUUAUUUAAAGAUGAUGUUGAAGGUGUUGUUAUUACUUCAUUAGAUGAAAUUGCUUGGUUACUAAAUUUAAGAGGUUCUGAUAUACCUUCUAAUCCUGUAUUUUACAGUUUCAUAGUAUUGACAAAAACUCAGAUUAAACUUUUCGUUGGUAAAGACAGACUAUCUGAGCCUAUAAGGAAUGCUUUGGAAGAUAUCGGGAUAACUAUUGAUGAUUAUAAUCAAUUUUAUAAUUACUUGAACACUAUUUCUAAAGAAUUCAGUUUGAAAAACAAGAAAUUUUUUAUACCAAAUAAUUCGAAUUGGGAAGUUGUUAGAAAUUUAAAAUGUUCAUUUGAAGAAGGCUUAUCAACAGUUGAAUCAUUAAAAGCUAUUAAAAAUUCAACUGAAUUACAAGGUGCUAAAAUUGCUCAUUUAAAAGAUGGUAGAGCAUUAAUUAAAUUUUUUGCUUGGUUAGAAAAUGAAUUAAUAAAUAAUCAAGAAAUGAUUGAUGAAGUAACAGCGGAUGAAAAAUUAACUGAAUUUAGAAAGAAAGAAGAUAAUUUUGUUGGUUUAUCAUUUGAUACAAUAAGUGCUUCUGGUGCAAACGGAGCGAUAAUUCAUUAUAAACCUGUAAAAAGUUCUUCUUCAAUGAUAAAUCCUAAUAAGAUCUAUCUUAAUGAUUCAGGUUCUCAAUUUUUAGAAGGAACAACAGACACAACAAGAACCAUACAUUUUGGAAAACCUACCAAAGAAGAGAUUCGAAACUAUACGUUAGUAUUGAAAGGUAAUAUUGCUUUAUCUACUUUAAAAUUUCCAGAAGGUUCAACAGGUAAUUUGAUUGAUUCAAUAGCUAGACAAUUUUUAUGGAAAUAUGGAUUAGAUUAUGGUCAUGGUACAAGUCAUGGAGUAGGAGCAUAUUUGAAUGUUCAUGAAGGACCUAUUGGAAUUGGACCAAGACCUAAUGCAGCAAUAAAUCCAUUACAAGUUGGGAAUUUAAUAUCAAAUGAACCAGGUUUUUAUAAAGAAGAUGAUUAUGGAAUUAGAAUUGAAAAUGUAAUGUUUAUAAAAGAUUCUCAAUUAAAAUAUAAUGGGAAACAAUUCUUAGAAUUUGAAACUGUUACAAAAGUUCCAUUUUGUAAAAAAUUAAUUGAUGUAAGUUUAUUAACGAAUGAUGAAAUUAAAUGGAUAAAUGAAUAUCAUUCAAGUAUUUGGACUGAAUUAAGUAGUAGUUUUGAUAAAAAUAGUUAUACUUACAAGUGGUUAAGAAGAGAAACUGAACCUUUGAGUGUCUAG